AUGAGCAACUGUCCUCAUAUUUCAAGUCUAUAUCUCACAAGUUAUCUUAAUCAUUAUCAUGGUGUGGAGACCAGUGAGAUCUAUAUCAGCACGGUUCUAUAUCAAUACUCUAGCACUACGUUGAGUGAGCCACAGCAACUACAGUCGCCGUCGGAGAAAGCUCCCUCUCAAGGAAUAUGUCUUGACUCUGCAUCUCUGUUGACUGUGAAUGUCACCUGUGACGCCUUUCCAAAGCGUGGCAUGACCCCUCCACCGAAACUUUCACCGGUGGUGUAUGGGCAGAAGCUAGAAAGUUUGAGCCUGCCCUAG